AUGAAGGGUACAUCCAUUUUCCAGUUCAAGUCCUGGCCCAAAAUCAAUCAGCCACUUCCUCGGACACCAAGAGAGUCUCAGCAAUUGCUCAACGCUCUCACUUCCUCAUUUCGUCGUCAGCUGGACCACGCGUACCCAUCAUCCCACUCGGACACUCAGGGCGAUCGACAGCCCUUGAAUACUGAUUCCUCACGUCAUGCAACCGACCAGCAUCUGCAUACUAUCCUAGACAACCCGCUGUUCCGAAUCGUACCGCCCAAGGGCACCAGUCCGGAUCAUCAUGGUGUCCGAGGUAUCGAUGAACAGAACCGAAUGGCCAAGGACCCCAUGCUCGUCUUUGACGAGUUGGCAGCCUCAGGCUCUGUAACGCCGUUAAUCAUCACCAAUUGUUUAAAAUCCCAGCUGCUUUUAGUACGUUCUCCUGCUGAGGAAAGUGCCAGUGAGGCGAUGAAGACGUCCCGGGCCGCCUCUCGCGUGGUUGAGUGGUUUUGGGCCUCCGAUGGGGCCUCACGGCAGAUGUUGCUGCAGUCACGAGCAACCACUUCAUCCUUAACCAAGUUCAUGGUCGCCGAGGGUCUUCACGACACCAUCAUCCAGUGGAUUAGAAUGCUUCUGAGCCGCGAUUUGGGCGGAUAUAACGGUCGAAUCACCGAUUCAGUCGCCCAGCAAAGCAUAAGCCAUCUGCUCACCGACUUUAUGGAUGCAGAACUUCGAUAUGGAGAGGGACUUGCUUCGGCCUUGAAAUAUUAUCUACGUAUCUGUCACAUACAUUCGAUCUCUACCCAACAAACUAAGACGGGAAAGCCGAUGUUACUCGCAGCUGGAGCCCAUCUAAGUCGUGCCGCGAUGGACGCCAAACCGUUGACCGAGAAGGUUACCCCUUACGUCUACGACGAAUACCGAGAAGUUAUUUCCACCCUAGCAUCCUCUCGAUCGUUGCUAUUUGCGAGCGUGUCCCUCUGUCACCCGACCCAUCCCGACGCAACACCUUUCGUUCGCUUUGUGGAGUCCCUGUCAUCGCCCAAAGUCCAGGCUUGGAAUGAUUCUCGUCGAGACGCUUUCCUUCGAAUUGCGUGUGAUGCUCUUCGGCUUCUGAUCGACCAGAAGAAGAUUCGAGAUGCAACUAGUUUGGCCCGUAAUGUGCAUGUCCUGCUCCCGGACAAUGCGCCGGAAAAUGCUGAGGGAUCUCGCAUCCGUUCUUCCGUCAGGGAAGAAGGAGAUAUUUUCAGUCACCUAGAGCUAAGCUUGACCUGA